AUGGCGUCCGCAUUCAGCUUCGGCUUCGCUGGGGACGACAUUGACAUCGACGACUCGGAGUUGAACACUGUUGAUGAGGGGCAUAUAUCCGUUGCGCAAGAUAGUAGCAGCGCACUCCCUGAACUGGUUACGGCCCAGAGGCAUGAAUUGAGUGACUUGCUCUCAAGUCUCCCGUCUCAGGUUUCAUUCAACAAACUCAACAUAAGUACACCUCAGGAUGAUCAAACACCCGGAAGGACACUCACACUCGCUCGUCGCGAAGUGUUUGACAUUCGUACCCAAUUGAUGGCAGAAGAUACUGCCGAUUAUGCGAACGAAGAGCUGAUCUCCGGACUUGAGAAAGGAGAUAUCACGCCCAACAUCUAUGAAGGCGGUUUCAAGACGUGGGAAUGCUCAGUAGAUCUCGCGAAGUUGGUUGCUAAUGAAAACAUACUAUCUAACGCUGAUGCGGGGGAUCGACAUAUCAUUGAGCUUGGAGCCGGAACGGCAGUGCCGUCGCUUGCUCUGUUUGCGCAAUUACUGUCCAACCCCGGGGGGUCGUCACGAGCUACUCGUUUCACGUUUGCAGACUACAACUCUGUUGUUCUUCGGUUGGUGACUUUGCCUAACCUGCUUCUAACUUGGAAUUAUAUUGUCAUGCGUCAGAAGUCGGUGUCAGUUGCUGGGACAGAAGAACAGGUUGAGGAGGAGCUGGAGUUGGACAUCACCCCGGAACUUCUAGAGGCUUUCCAGAAGGAUCUUGCGGAACGGAGCAUCUCCGUCGAAUUCAUCUCCGGUGCCUGGUCGCCCGCUUUCGUCGAUUUGGCGUUCUCGUCGAGUGAAAAAGCUAAAGAUGGAACGUUGGUCCUUGCUAGCGAAACGAUAUACUCCCCGGCGUCUUUGAGUGCGUUUUCGGAGACAUUGCUGGCCUUGCUCCAUCGUCCUGUCCAUGCAGGCGGGAGAAGUAGAGCUUUGUUGGCUGCGAAGAAAGUCUAUUUCGGAGUCGGUGGUGGUGUGGACGAAUUUUUGGAAGUGUUUAAUACUGUCGGUGGGGAUGGACUGGAUGUGAGGGAGCGGCUGGAUGUUAAGUCAGAAGGAGUGGGUAGAAUAGUCCUGGAGAUUGCGCCCAUAGGUGUCCAAUAA